GGGUUCCGGUGUUCCCGGCGCAGUCGAGGCACGGAGAGGCUUUGGGGCGGGGGCGGAAAGAAGGGCGGCCCGCCAGGGGGUCCGUGGACUCGCUUUGGCCUCCUCCGAGGCGGGCCGGCGAUGGCCGCAGCUGUGAGGCGAGGUCGGGUCCCGUAGCGGCGCGCAGCCUCCUCGGGGGACUCGGGGUCCUGUAUAUUUUGAAUACAUCUGUCUUCAUAAAAUACACCAUGUCCAAAAUCUAGAAGGGCCAAUUCCAAACUAUUCCACCAGCUUUGAAGGGAAUUGAAGCAAGAAUAACAACACAGAAGAAUAGAAGGAAGGUGAUGUGAUGUGAUGAUAGAGUUUGUGAUAGCCAGGCAACAACUUUUCCUGAUUCGGCAUGUUAAAAAAUAAGGGUCACUCAUCUAAGAAAGAUAACUUGGCAGUCAAUGCAGUUGCUUUACAAGAUCACAUUUUACAUGAUCUUCAACUUCGAAAUCUUUCAGUUGCAGAUCAUUCUAAGACACAAGUACAAAAGAAAGAGAACAAAUCUCUAAAAAGAGAUACAAAGGCAGUAACAGAUACUGGACUUAAAAAAACUAUGCAGUGCCCCAAACUAGAAGAUUCAGAAAAAGAAUAUGUUCUUGAUCCCAAACCACCACCAUUGACUUUGGCACAGAAGUUGGGCCUCAUUGGGCCUCCACCACCUCAGCUGUCAUCUGAUGAAUGGGAGAAGGUGAAACAGCGCUCCCUCCUGCAAGGGGACUCGGUGCAGCCGUGCCCCAUCUGUAAAGAAGAAUUCGAGCUUCGACCUCAGGUGCUGCUUUCAUGCUCCCAUGUGUUCCACAGAGCAUGUCUUCAGGCUUUUGAAAAGUUCACAAACAAGAAAACGUGUCCUCUCUGUAGAAAGAACCAGUAUCAAACCCGAGUGAUACACGAUGGGGCUCGCCUGUUCAGAAUAAAGUGUGUGACCAGAAUCCAAGCCUACUGGAGAGGAUACGUUGUCAGAAAGUGGUACAGAAACCUGAGGGAAACAGUACCUCCCACAGACGCCAAGUUAAGAAAAAAAUUCUUUGAAAAAAAGUUCACAGAAAUCAGCCACCGAAUCCUGUGCUCAUACAACACCAACAUCGAGGAGCUCUUUGCAGAGAUCGAUCGGUGCUUGGCCAUAAACCGAAGCGUUCUUCAGCAGUUCGAAGAAAAAUACGGCCAUGAGAUCACAGAAGAGGAGUGGGAGAAAAUCCAAGUACAGGCUCUGCGCCGGGAGACCCACGAGUGCUCCAUCUGCCUGGCGCCUCUCUCCCCUGCUGGCGGUCAGCGCGUAGGGGCGGGCCAGCGUUCCCGAGAGACGGCCCUCCUGUCCUGCUCACACGUGUUCCACCAUGCGUGUCUGCUCGCACUGGAGGAGUUCUCCGUGGGAGACAGGCCUCCUCUCCAUGCCUGUCCUCUCUGCCGCUCCUGCUACCAGAAGAAGAUUCUUGAAAGUUAGGUAAUUCUGAGGAACAAAGUUUACCAUCAUUUUGGAUGAACUGCAUGAGUUCUGGGUUAAGUACUACAAUGCAAUCUGUUUCCCAGGGAAAUAAGCUAUUGGUAGUUGUAGGAAAUCUAAGUAUAUUUUAAAAGAUGACAGCCCAUCUAAUUUUAGUCUUUUGUCUCUAAAAAGUAAAUUUCAAAUUUAUGAGUUGAAUCACUUGAAAUAUGAAUGGCAAAAAAUGAGAGCUUGCUUGCUUUUAAAAAUGGAGGUUAAGAGACAGCUAGUGUCUGACCGACACUCCUUACAGUAAGUUCCAAAUGUAAAACACUCCUUAAGUUCCAAAUGUUUUCCACUAAGACUUUGCCUUGAAGCCUUUGCCAUUCCUAAUAUUCCUUUUGUAAUAAUUGCUGUAUUUGUCAUAAAAUAUGAAAAUAUUCAGUUGUAUUCAACAU